AUGCAACUCUCCAACAUCUUCCUGGCAGCGCUCUUGAGCGCUGCCACCCAGGCUCUUCUUCACAUGAACCCUAGCCCUGGAUACAGAAUGCCCGCAGACUCUGACCGCAUUACCAAGAAUAUGGCGGCCCGGCAGACCGACAUCCCUGAGCCCACAUCCUGUAAUCAGCCUUCCACAGCAUAUCACGUGGCAGUAACCUGUACCCCUAUUGUCGGGGUGGGUGGGGCUAUCACCACUGCCCUAUGCGGAGGGACCUCUACUACCACAGUCACUGGCUGCGACGUCUCCGAUCGGACCACCACGACCGCAACUACGGCGACCAUUACUGCAGAGUGUGACGCUAAUGUUUGUGCCAACAACGUCUGCAAUGCCAACAGCCCGAAUGGCACUAGCGGAUUCCUUAUGGCUUCAUUCACCUCAGGCGCUGCUCCUGCUACGGAGACCACUCUCGAGCAGAACUUCGGAAAUUCAAAAAUCCUCAAAACUGACGAUCGCGUGGCUUUUGGUAAUGAUUCUUUCGGUAAUGGUUCUUCGAUCGAAUUUCAUCAAAAGGUUACAAGUGCCAAGUACGAUGAUACCUGGCUUUGGGMAUGGAGUCAGGUCGACCCCGAAGUCGAACUCCGAGAAGGCGAAGGUCACCAGAGGGAGUAUAAAAGUGAUCGUUGGAGAAGAGACGGACGGUCCUCGUCGAGAGUACGAGCUUUCGAGGACAAAUCUUUCAACAUGGGUGUAAAGGGCCUGCGAGGAUGCACUUCAGUCAUUGUCGUAUCUCGUCGGGGUGUCUGGAUGUCGCAUAUUUGGGAGCAGCCGACAUUCAAUGUGGGAAUCCAAGAAAUGUGGGAUACUGACGUUACGUAUGGGUUGUAUAGAGGAGACGACUCUGGCGAGUUUCCGGGCCUGGAUCAAUUCUCCCGUGGCCCUGGGAAUCUCUUUGUCAACGAUGAAGAGGACGGUGUUGUGAACGAGCUGGCAACCUUCAUCGUCACUCCAGCCAACACGGAAGGCUGGGAACAUAUCAGACCAGAAGACAGUCAGACCGGCCAUCCUGACAGAACACAGUGGCUAUAUCCCAACGAGGUGAUGAACAUUGGACGCUCCUUGGAAGCAGCGUUCCCCGUCAUACCAAUCGUCGCUCCAUACCGAAAGAACCCUGGUCGUUGGAAUGAGGGUCAACUGCGGUGGAAUUUGCAAAACACUGGGCUGGGGAAAGUCAUCGUGUCGUACUAUCCCUCAAUUGGCGAAGCAGGUUGCGGAGAUCAGAAAGCCCACUAUGAAGUGCGGACGUAUGCCUGGCCCGAGCCAGCUAGUCUGGACGACGAGUGGGAAGCUCUCCACAUGGACACUUGGGUCGCCUUUGAGAAGCAAUGGAUCCCCGUGGAUCCAGAUGCCAUGGUCGAGAGGGACAUUGCCAACGGCYCUUGCAAGCCCACUCCUUCAUCUUCCUCAUCCAAGGCUACCACGGCAAUACCACGCCUGACGCAGACGCCCAAAAUCACAUCAUGCAGCGUGGCAUCUUUCACAUCUCCGGUAUCAGGCACCGCCAAAACCUAUACCAAUUGUGUUUGCAACGACAAUCAGAGUGGAUGGCCAUAUACCACAACCGCAGCAAGCGGCGCUAAAGAUGUCAUCUGUUACAAGGAGGGAGACCCCAUUGUUACGAUAUCUACCAUCCCAUCUCCGACACCUAGACCUGAGGCGCCCGACAUCACAAGCUGCAGCUUGAAUCAGCAUACAUUGACAUACUCGAGUACAGUCGAUGGUACUGUGAGAUCGGAACCCAGUCAAGUCAACGUUUGUGCUUGCAACGAUGGUCAGAAGGCGACUCCCUUCACAGUCACUGCCUUGGAUCAAUGGGAGACGAUUCUUUGCAACAAGAGACUUGGAGGUCCGACCGUGACGGCCACGGUAUUUGCAUUGGGUCCAAGUUGUACCCCGACGAUCAACACGCCUUUCAGACCCGGAAUCUGCACCUUGAACAUGACCCAAUCGGUUUCUUGGCUAGGAGGCAUCGUUAAUCAUCAACUCUUCUACUCGGCAUGGGAUGGCAGCGACGUUCCUCCAGAUGCCCCGGACCGUGAGAAAGAGACGGCACCCGCCUCUUUGGACUUGUGGACCUUUCUCGACCGCUGCGAUACUGGCUUCCCGUUCGUGAUUGGUCUACAUUUCAACGUCGAACCAUCGGACGUCGAAAAACCAUCGAUCGUCGAUCAUUGGGCAACCACUGGCGGCAAUCUCACGAACUUGACCUCUCCCAAUGUGCUGGUAUAUCCAGAGUUUGCCAGUUGGAGUCUUUCUGUCCAUGCGGGUGACACAGAUUGGGUUUCGCGGCCACAGGACAAGGGACCUUUCAGCUUACCAUACUGUAAAUUGGGAAAAUGGGAUGGGACCAGGCGAGCGAUGGACUGCCAUUGGGAGUGUUAG